AUGUUCGCCGUGCCAUUUCUGUCGUCGCUGACGUCGCUACUGGGAACGACCGCCAUCGAUGACUCCGUCGACACUCUCUCCUGCCUAGUCACCGCGUUCAUCUUCAUCAUCGGGGCCAUCGCCGUCUCUGCGAAAGGGUCAGUCGAUACCAAAUUCUUUCAGAUUACUCACCUCUUCCAUUUCAGCAGCGUCGGUUCAGCGAUCGAAUGCUGGCUCCCGCAGACCUACUCGGGCGAGUGGGGUGAAUACGCCGAGAACUACUGCUUCCUGAAGGACACGUACUGGUACCCGAGCGCCGAGCCGAUGAACGACAUCCCGGAGUUCCACAAGGAGAAGCACCGCCUCGGAUACUAUCAGUGGACCAGCAUGUACCUCACCGUGGCUGGCCUUGUCUUCAUGCUCCCCAAGUUCUUGUGGAAGUUCUCGCAGUCUGCCACCGACCUUCCGCUCUCCUACUUUUGCGAUACCACCAACGAGAUCCGCAGGAAGAACACCGAGGAGCGAGCCGUAAAAGUGAAGGAGAUGGCCAAAUUCAUGCGAGACAAGCUCAACGUGAAGCACUCGAAGCACUCGCUCUCCUCCGUCCACAUGCACGUCGCCUACGCAUUCACCAAGUGCUUCUACCUCCUGGUCGCCUUCGGCCAGUUCGUCUUCAUCGGAUACUUCAUCGGACAGACCAGCGACCUCUUCUGGGGAUACACUCUUUUCCACAACCUAAUGAGCGGAAUCACCUGGGAGACCACUGGACUCUUCCCGCGUGUCACCUUCUGCGACUUCACCAUUCGUGAGAUGGCUGGGAACAUCCGCGAAGAGACCAUCCAGUGCGUCGUCGGAGUCAACGAGUUCAACGAGAAGAUCUUCCUCUUCCUCUGGUCCGUUUCCCAUCCUCUCCACCUUCUCGAUCCUCAUCUCUUUCAGGUUCUGGCUCGCCGCGCUCAACUUCAUUACUCUCUUGUCCACCGUCUACGCUUUCGUCCAGAUCAAGAAGACUCUCAUCGUCAACAACAUCCUCCAGUCGAUCCGUAGACCGGGAGACCAUGAGCAGAAGAUGCUCUUCAAGGAGUUUGCCGACAAUUACCUCACCACCGACGGAAAGCUCAUCCUGAACUUUGUCAAAGCCCAGAGCGAUCUCGUUGCCCAAGAGCUCGCCCUCGAGAUGUUCGACAACUUCGAGGUGAGCUCAGAUGACGAGGCAAGAGUACGAAACAGAGUCUAAUCGCUUCUUUUCCAGAAUGAACGCAAAGAGAAGAUGCUAGACGAUGCCACCUCCAUCAUUUCUGGAUCGAAAAUGGCCUCCAUUGAUAAGCUCCGCAACGUCUGA